AUGAGUUCCAGCAUUUCUGGGAGUUUGGUCAAUGGGAGGCAGCUAUUGGUUCAUAUUGCUGAGAAUGGACAUUCCUUUGAGUUGGAUUGUGAUGAAAAUGCGCUCGUUGAAGGUGUUAUGCGGUCUAUUGAGUUGGUUACUGGGAUUGGUUUCAAUGAUCAGCUUGUUCUUUGUUUGGAUUUGAAGCUUGAGCCGCAGCGGCCUUUGUCUGCUUAUAAGCUUCCGUCUGAUGAGAAAGAGGUGUUUAUUUUCAAUAAAGCUAGGCUUCUGAACAAUGCACCUCCUCCUCCGUUGGAGCAAGUUGAUGUGCCUGGAAAUUUGGAGCCUCCGUCGCCUUCGUCUUCUCAUGAUCCGCACCCUCUUGAUGAUGCUUUAGAUCCUGCUUUGAAGGCUUUACCUUCUUAUGAGAGGCAGUUCAGGCACCAUUAUCAUAGGGGGCAUGCGAUUUAUAGUGGUACAUCGAUGAAAUAUGAGCAUUGCGAGAGGCUUUUGAGAGAACAGAUGGUUCAAGAAAGAGCUGUGGAAGUUGCAAGGUGUAAUUUGGAACAUUAUUAUCGAGUGAUUAACCAAAACUAUGGCGAUUUCAUGAAACGUUAUAUGCAACAACACAGGAUUCAUUCUGAUCUUUUGACUAAUUUUGGAAGGAAUGUUGAUAAACUAAGAUCCAUCAAACUUCAUCCGUCUUUGCAAACUGCUAAUUACAAAUGCUUGCUGGAUUUUGUGAAAGAAGAAACCCUGAGAAAGUCAGUGGAGAAUUGCACCAGCUCUCACAAGCAGUUCGAGAAUAAAAUUUCACAAUUUAAGCAGACUUUUGGGGAAGUGAAGCGCCGGACUGAAGACUUGCUGACCUCUGGGCCUUUCUUGGCCGCCAAGAAUUUGGAUCAAGCAAUUAAGGAGCAUCACAGAUUUAUAAAUGAACAAAAGAGUAUCAUGCAAUCUCUGAGCAAAGAUGUUAACACUGUCAAGAAACUUGUGGAUGAUUGUCUGUCUCCCCAGUUGUCCUCCUCGCUUCGUCCUCACGAUGCAGUUUCUGCCCUGGGUCCUAUGUAUGAUGUUCACGACAAGAGUCACUUGCCUAAAAUGCAAGCUUGUGAUCGUGCUAUUACUAAGCUACUUGACUUUUGCAAGGAGAAGAAGAAUGAAAUGAACCUUUUUGUGCACAAUUACAUGCAAAGCGUAGCUUAUGUUUCUUACCUCAUCAAAGAUCAGAAGCUACAGUUCCCUGUAUUUAGAGAGGCGAUGGUUCGACAGGAAAGUUUAUUUGGGGAUUUAAAACUGUUCCAUAGUGUUGGUCCUUCCUACCGAGCUUGCCUUGCAGAAAUAGUGAGAAGAAAGGCUUCUAUGAAGCUUUACAUGGGCAUGGCUGGCCAACUGGCUGAAAGGCUUGCUACGAAACGUGAGCUUGAGGUCUCGAGACGGGACGACUUUAUGAGAGCUCACGGUUCAAGCAUUCCUAGGGAUGUAUUAUCAUCUAUGGGGUUGUUUGACUCUCCUAAUCAAUGUGAUGUCAACAUAGCUCCGUUUGAUGAUGGUUUGCUUAAUAUUGACAUAUCAGACGUGGAUCAUUAUGCUCCUGAGUAUAUAGCAGGAGUAACUUUUAAGAUGGAGAAGCAUGGUAGCUUUAAAGGUACAUAUGGUUCGGUUAGUGAUAACUCUCAAUUAGCUGAUGCUGUAGAUGUAUCAUCUAACUCAAUGGAGAAAUAUGAUUCGAAAGACCUCCUUGAUGACAGUGGUUUGGUAGAAAUUGCUGGAACCUGCAAGAUGGAGGUUGAAAAUGCAAAACUGAAAGCUGACCUUGCUGCUAGAAUAGCUUUAAUGUGCUCUCUAUGCCCUCGGAUCGAGUACGAGUCAUUGGACGAAGAAAGGGUGGGAAAUAUACUGCAGAAUGCCACAGAGAAGACUUCGGAAGCCUUGCACUUGAAAGAUGAGUAUAUUAGACAAGUUCAGUCCAUGCUUAAGAUGAAGCAGAUGCAAUGUGAGUCAUAUGAGAAACGUAUUCAAGAAUUGGAGCAGAAAUUGUCCGAUCAGUAUGUGCAGGGGCAGAAGAUGUCCAAUGUAAACGAUGCUGGCGACUUUCCUCUUCUUACUGGGAAGACAGAUAAUUACAAGUCAGAAUGUGUGAGUGGUGAAGCCAACAUGCCUUGCACAUCUACUAGUGAGCCCAUGGAUGAGGUUUCAUGUAUCUCAAAUUCCUUUGAUGCAAAACUUAGUUUUUUCACAGAGCGUGCUGGUAAAUCUUCAGAUGGGUUGGAUGAAAAGAUGUGGGAUUCAUCUGGUAUGCAGAACCCUCACCUUGAUUCAUCUAUGAUGGAGCCUCACCGUGAAGAAGUGCUAAGCGGUGAUAAAGAUAAAAAAGAUAAGAUAGGUGGACAAUUGGGUUUGUCGCUAACAAACAGUUCGACUGCCGAGAGCAUGCCUGUCUCGCUUGAUCUUGUACCUUGUGACUCAACAGUUUGUCCAGACUUGGAUGCCAAAGUAAAUGAUGAUAAGUUGUUGGAACUACAAAGUGCACUCGCAAAUAAGUCAAAUCAAUUGAAUGAAACCGAUACAAAGCUCACAGCCUUUAUGGAGGAGGUUGCUGUGCUCAAAAGGGAGUUGGAAGCAAAUCGAAAAUUACUUGAUGAAUCUCAGAUGAAUUGUGCUCACUUGGAGAAUUGUUUGCACGAGGCAAGAGAGGAAGCUCAAACACAAAAAAGUUCUGCUGACAGAAGGGCCUCGGAAUAUAGUUUAUUGCGUGCAUCUGUUAUUAAGAUGCGCAGCUUUUUUGAAAGACUCAAGACCUGUGUUUAUUCCCCUGCCGGUGUUGCUGAUUUUGCAGAUUCACUGCGCAACUUAGCACAAUCUUUGGCCAAUUCUGCUACUGACAGAGACGAUGAUGAUAUUGUCGAGUUCCGAAAAUGUAUACGAGUAUUGGCCGAUAAAGUUGGUUUCUUAUCUAGGCAUCGUGAAGAAUUGCAUGAUAAGUACACCAGAUUGGAUGCAUCUAACGAACAGCUCCGUAAAGAAUUGGAGGAGAAAAUAGAGCAGGUCAAAACUUACUACAAUAAGCAUCAAAUUGAGAAGCAGGCAAAUAAAGAGAAGAUUUCUUUUGGUUGUCUGGAAGUUCACGAGAUUGCUGCCUUUGUGCUGACUCAAUCCGGACAUUACGAGGCAAUUACGAAGAACAAAUCUAACUACUACUACUUAUCUGCCGAAUCCGUGGCACUAUUUACAGACCAUCUUCCAAGCAGACCUAACUACAUCGUCGGACAGAUUGUGCAUAUUGAACACCAAAUUGUGAAGGCAUCGCCGGAGCACGGUAGGGCAACAACCUCUGACAAAGGGACUACUGACUGGUUGACCUUGAAUUCAGGUUCAACUCCAAAUCCAUAUGGUUUACCUGUUGGAUGUGAAUAUUUUGUUGUGACGGUAGCCAUGUUACCCGACACCGCUAUUCGUUCAUCCUCUCCAACUUCCUGA